AUGUUGUCACCUCCGUCCAUGCAAAAGCUAUUAAUUCUGCUCGUGCUCUUGCUCCGUGCUGACGCAGCGCGCGCUGAAAGCUGCGAUGAUGAUUGUGCAUCUGUUUCGUGCCUUCCCGACUGGUGGCGUAACAUCGUUGCGGCACAAUUGGUCGUAGCUGCCGUGUUGGUCUUCUUCGCCACUUUCCUACCUCGUGUGCUCGUCCGGUUGCUCAUCUUCGUAUUCACUAAGCUUCCGUUUAUGCGCCAAGUUGCUGAAGACUUUCGAGAAUCAUGUGUCGGAUCCACAUCGUAUUUCAUCUCGAUGUCGCUAGUAUUAUUGUCGCUAGCAGUCUCGCAGCUCCGCAAGUUCUUUUGUCAUCUUCCUACGUACAUUUGGGGCGUAUUUUUCCUCUAUUGGCUCUAUUCGCUUUUCAAUGUCGUCGAGAGUUUUGCUAUCCGGCGCUUUGUUGGUACAAAUGGAGAUUUUUCGAAAAAGAUGGUAAUUUCCGAGUCUGUCAAGAUAUUAAGGUUAACAACGCUCUUGAUUAUCGCGUUGAUCAUCUAUUCGUCUGCAUUGGGAAGUAGUGCUACACUGAAAUACUCUGUGCUGGGUGUGAUUGGUUUAGCUAUCGCAUUAGGUUUCGUACCAUCAUUUCAUAAUGUUGUGGGUGGACUCUUUCUUGCCUUCAAUUCCCAGUUUAAGAUUGAUGACUUUAUUCGCGUGGGUGACGCAGAAGCUACGGACAGUAACAAAGCACGAUCUCUCAAAGCUGCUGAGAAUGAAGUCGAGGUUGUGACUCAUGCGCUCGAUGGCAAGAGGUUUCUUAUGCAAACGGAGAAUGUGAAAGUUAGUGGCUCACUAAAAGGGAAGAUUGCUGCCAAAUGGUCAGAAUUUGGAGGAGCUUUCAAGAAGUGGUGGAUUUCGAUCAAGAAGUUUUUCGGAUUUAAAGAAAAGAAGAAGAGCAAGCUACAAAAUGCGAAAGACAAAGUAGUUAAAAGUUCAGCUAGCGGUUGGAAGAAGGUGAAAAAGGCUAGUGGAAACGCCAAAUCGAAAGUGACGCACACAGCUUCUCAGACUAAAAAAAAGAUAGGCGAUGCUGCAGAUGCUGCAUUUGUGCCCUUAUCAUUUUUGGCCGAAGCCGCGGUAUCUAUCGCUCGACGACUCAGUUUGCGAGAGAAAAGUGCCAACUAA